AUGGCCACCACCACCACCCCCACCACCGAGGCUUCUGGCCUCAAAGCUAUAAAAGAUCUGGCUACCGUCGCCCCCGCCAACACCCUCACCACCACCAUGACUGAAGCUGGCGCCGCACCAACGGCAACCGACGAAGCUGCCUCCGAGUCGACUGUCCUGACACCAACCUCCGCCGCUACGGAUACGACCUCGACUGCACCGACCGAAACACCGACCAGUGAUGAGCCCUCUGUGCCGCCAAAGCCUCCGAUGACCACCCCAACGUCGCCGCCACCCGACCCUGUGUCGUCUCCAGUGCGACCCUCGACAGCGCCAGAACUUGCGGCCCGCCCGUCGCCCGCAACACCGGCACGCCCGGCUGCGGCCGUAAGAAGUUUACUGCGUCCAAUCGUCCUCGACUCUCCAACCCAAGGCCAGCAGAUGGCACUGCAGCUGCUGCACUCUGGCUUGUUAGAGGAACCCCGCCACUCCCACACCCUUGCCGGCCUCAUCACCCUCCCCGAUGCCCAACAUUUGGAAUUUCGCGCCCUCGACUCCAACGACCCUCCCAAUUUGUUGACGAUGCAAAACCUCGAAGCAGCAGUUGGGUAUACAGUUGGGGAGCUGGUGCAGCCACAGUGCAGCAGCUGUGCAGCUGGUUACGGCCACUUCUCCGAGUGCAUCCGCGUGGGGGGGAUAUUUUGGUGGUAGUUGUGAGGACUGCCACUUCGUGUUACGGCUACAGUAACAUGACAUCAUGGUUACAGGGCCAGGGCCUAGUAACGUGACAUAAACUAGUGGAUAUUGGAUAGUUGAGCUAUCCACGAACUAUCCUGAAUAUCUAGCUAUCCGCCAACUAUCCAGAUUACCCAUGAGGCAUGACGCCACUAUAUAAGUAGAUAGUAUUUCCUUAGAUAGGAGCUUCGUGCUCAACUCAAUAUAGUAUUCUUUACAAU